GAUUCCUUAUUUCUAGUGUCAAAAAAAAAAAAAAUUUCCCAUCAAUAUUAUCAAAAGAAAACGUUUGCUUUUUUGAAAAGUUAAAAAUUCGGAAUAAAAGGAUUAUAGAAAGCAAUUUGACCCGCAUCCGUCCAACUGUCAUAAAUGUACACACAUUCUAUAUAGAUUGUGCGAUCUAUGCUCGGUGGGACGAGUAGUUUGAGAUAAGUGAUCGUCGCGAGCACAUACGGGAAAAUUGACAAUAAUUGUCGACGCUCUUCUACCUGAGGAGAUUGUCCAGCCUCUCCCUUUGAUCAAAGUUCAAAAGUCACAAUGGCUAAUCGGGGUACAGCCCAAAGGCCAAAUGGCACACAAGGCAAAAUUUGUCAGUUUAAAUUGGUAUUACUUGGUGAAUCAGCGGUGGGCAAAUCGAGCCUUGUUUUGAGGUUUGUCAAGGGACAAUUUCACGAAUAUCAAGAAAGUACAAUAGGUGCUGCAUUUUUAACACAAACAGUAUGUUUGGAUGACACGACUGUAAAAUUUGAGAUUUGGGAUACUGCCGGUCAGGAACGUUACCACAGUCUUGCACCAAUGUAUUAUCGUGGAGCGCAAGCAGCCAUUGUGGUAUAUGACAUAACAAAUCAGGACACAUUUGUACGAGCUACAACGUGGGUUAAAGAAUUGCAACGACAAGCCAGUCCAAGUAUAGUAAUAGCAUUAGCAGGAAAUAAAGCAGAUCUUGCGAAUAAGCGAGCUGUUGAAUUUGAUGAAGCUCAAACUUACGCUGAAGAGAAUGGACUUCUCUUUAUGGAAACAUCAGCAAAAACGGCGAUGAACGUAAACGAUAUAUUCUUAGCUAUUGCUAAAAAACUUCCAAAGAGCGAGCAAACAGGAAAUGCGAGUACAAGUGGACAAGGGCGCCGACUAGUCGAAACAGAAGGGCAGAAAGCAACUACCGGCAAUUGCUGCAAGUGAUUGACCAAAUCCGUACGUGUCCCAUAUAUUAUACUGGUAUCUAUUUUUAUAGUAGUUAAAUUUUAUGCUUCUUGAGAUCGACGAAGCGAAAUGAAAACAAGAAACAAGUCAUAAUACGAUAAAAAUGCGUAUUUUUCACGUGAAAAAAUCGUUUUAAAAAAGGGAUAUGUCAGGAAAAAAAAACCCAUGAUGUAGUUGCGCAUUUAUACCUCUCGGAAUUUUUUUUUUUUUUUUUGAAAAGUCGAUCGCAAAUUUUGAAAUACUUUUUUAUAUAUAUUGCAAAGAAAUAGGAAUGACGAAACAAACAAAAAAAUCCAGCGGUCGGGAAAAAUCAUUAAAAAAAAAAGAAAGAAACCUAUGUGAAAAUCUAUUGUUCACACAAGUAUUCUCGUUUCAAUUGCGAAAAAAAAUCCUUUUCGUGUAAUUUGUGUAUCGUAUAUGGUGUUUUGAUAGAAUUUCGAGGAUUAUGCUCAUCUCGAUGAUGCUAAUUGUUGUACAGCGUAAUUAAUUUUAUGCAAUAUGAUAUUUAAUAAUAUAGAUUUUAUAAACGGCAGGCCACAUUAUGGCUUCUCUACAUACUAACGUUAUACAAGGAAAAAAGAAAAUCAUACAUUAUAUAGUUAAAGAAGAAAAAAAAGGAAAUUCGUUACAUAAUUUAAAAAAAAGUAAAUAGAAAAAAAGAGAGAGAUUUAAACGAAAGAACAUAUCUCUUCGUUAAUUCGUUAAAUGUCACGCCACUUGUGUGUGACAACGAACAAUGUCUAUAUAGCAUUAUUCAAUAUUAAAUGGAAUGCGUUUUUGAAAAAAAAAAAAUAGCUAAAUUUUUAACAAAUUAAAUUUUAACGUCAGUAUGUUAUUAUUAAGUGAUAACAAGAUUUUCAUUUUUUUUCACUUUCAAUAUUGCAGACUUAUCUUAUUGCAUUCCUUGUGAUAUAUUUUUUGCAAUGUUACGUUUUACGAUUUUUCUUUUUUACAAAAAUAAAGCAGGUGCAGGUGAGUCAGCAUUGAAAAAUCGAAUUAAAGACAAAAUUCGGGUGUAAAUGACGCCCCUAGAAAAAAGAAAAUCUUGUUUGCAAUUUUUUUCUAUUUUAAUUCUGAAAAUGAACAUUUUUCAAAUAAAUUGAAAAAUGAACAUUUUUGAAAGUUGAAAAAUGGAUUUUUUUUUAAAGCUGACAGAAAGGGUCUUUGUUAUUUUCUUACUAGUUUAUUGUUUAUCGCUUUUUAGAUAUUUUAAAGUGACACUGCUAGAUUUAUAAUAAUGACUUUAAAAAAAAGAAACAUUUUUUUUUCUUUCACAAUUUUUAAAUGACUCACCUCGUAUUUUCUAUAAGUUGAAAGCACGCUUGCAAGAGAAAAUUUUCAUGCAUGCAAAUUUAAAAAAAAUAAAAAAGAAUUUGUGUACCACGAAAGAGGUAUAAUUUCUUAAUUUAGAGACUGUCGUAAUUUAAACGUCGAUUGUAUUUAUACAGGGAGGAUUUUAAUCUAUACUAAAGACAAUUAAAAUGAAUUUUAGACUACAGUAAAAUUUAGUCCAACUUCAUUAACUCUGUUUUUCUUUUGUCUCCUCUUUUUUUUGUACACCACAUAAAAAAGUGACUUCUUUAAACAAAAAAAGAAAAGAAGAAAAAAAAUACAGUGUACAGUGGAAAUUUUUAUCACUUUGUACCUCUUCCUUUGUAGAUGGCUAAAAGAGAAAAUGAUUAAAUUUUAUUUCUAUCGA